UGCAGUUCCACUGCAUACAGAAAAAUAAACAAAUACAAGAAGCAUAAAGUAUGCAGAAAAUUAAAUUCAAAAGGAGCCACUAAGUGUUUCGUGUGAAAUCAAUUUAGCGUCGUUCUCCGUGCUGCUCGUCGUCGUCGUCGUCGUACAUACUCUUCUGUUACUGUUUCAAUUACACUACAAUGAAUAUUUGUUGAAACUGGCGUUGCAUUUACAGACUGGUGUUUAAAAACAACAACAACAACAACAGCAAAUUGACAACUAUAAACAAACAACAGCAGCAACAACAAACAGCCCCCACACAAAGCAAAAAUAUCCACAUAUAAAAAUAGUAUCAUACUUACGUUAAGCCGCAGCAAAAGUCGAAAGGAAAGUUUUAUAUAUUACAAACGCACCAGUAAAAGAUAUAAAUAAAAAAGUAACCAACUACACACGUUCCUUAAAACAAAUGUUUUCCAAACCGCAAACCAACUAAACGAAAUGCUUUUGAAAUUAGUUUAAGCCAAACAAAACCAACAAACCGCAAAAAGCCGCGAAAAGUUAUCUCAACAUAACGAAAAACACAAAAAAAAACAAAAAAUCGGCAGGGAACUCAACAACAUCAACCAACACACACGGAUUAACCGAAGGAGCUUGGCUAUAGUGCAAACCUAAAGAGUUGAUUACGGAAUAGCCUGGAGAAUCUCGUCAGAAUCAUCCUGCCUCCGAUAAAUUAAUGCAUGCCCUUGGAUCGUGUUCGAUGUGGUUUUGGUUCAAUCGUAUCCAUCUCUCUCAGCCGUCGCGUCACCGAAGUCUGGUCGAGGUCCUAGCCUAAGCCGGAAUAGCAAUAGCCAAAGAGAGCCGGACGAGAUCUGCAGUGGAAUCAAAGCGCCGAAGUACAAAUGCAUCAAUCGAAACUGAAACUGAAUCUGUAACUGAGAAACGGGUACCAAGCAACGGACACCUUGAUACAACAACAGCAGAAGCAACCAAUUAGAUUAGGCGACAGGAAGUCCAGAGGAGCUGAGAGGACACCAUCCCACCACCACCACCAAACAUACAUCUUCUACACGGAACGGCGGCGGGUCGAGCGUAGUGGCUGCAGCACGCGAAAGCGUCCAUAAAUCUAGUUAGCAUGGAGUGCUGUUUAUCGGAGGAGGCCAAGGAACAAAAGCGCAUCAAUACGGAAAUCGAGAAGCAGUUGCGCCGGGACAAGAGAGAUGCGCGUCGCGAGCUUAAACUGUUGUUGCUGGGCACUGGCGAGUCCGGCAAGUCAACAUUUAUCAAACAGAUGCGCAUUAUCCACGGCAGUGGCUACUCGGAAGACGACAAGCGCGGCUACAUCAAGCUGGUCUUUCAGAACAUAUUCAUGGCCAUGCAAUCAAUGAUCAAGGCCAUGGACAUGCUGAAGAUAUCCUAUGGCCAGGGAGAGCAUAGCGAACUGGCCGAUCUGGUGAUGAGCAUCGACUACGAAACAGUCACCACGUUUGAGGAUCCAUACUUGAAUGCCAUCAAAACGCUGUGGGACGAUGCUGGCAUCCAGGAGUGCUACGAUCGUCGUAGGGAAUAUCAAUUGACAGAUUCAGCCAAAUAUUAUCUGAAGGAUCUCGAUCGUGUGGCUCAACCUGCAUAUUUACCCACUGAGCAAGACAUUUUAAGAGUUCGUGUGCCGACAACAGGGAUAAUUGAGUAUCCCUUUGAUUUAGAAGAAAUCAGAUUUAGAAUGGUGGACGUCGGUGGCCAGAGAUCCGAGAGAAGAAAGUGGAUUCAUUGUUUUGAAAAUGUGACAUCAAUUAUAUUUUUGGUAGCGCUAUCGGAAUACGAUCAAAUUUUGUUUGAAUCUGAUAAUGAGAAUCGAAUGGAAGAGUCUAAAGCUUUAUUUAGGACGAUAAUUACCUAUCCAUGGUUCCAGAACUCGUCAGUUAUUCUUUUCCUGAACAAGAAGGACUUGUUGGAGGAGAAAAUUAUGUAUUCGCAUUUGGUAGACUAUUUCCCUGAAUACGAUGGUCCACAGCGAGAUGCAAUAGCGGCCCGAGAAUUCAUACUGCGAAUGUUUGUAGAUUUAAAUCCAGAUUCUGAAAAGAUUAUCUAUUCUCAUUUCACCUGUGCUACCGAUACGGAAAACAUAAGGUUUGUGUUUGCAGCUGUUAAGGACACAAUUCUGCAAUCCAACCUUAAGGAAUACAAUUUGGUCUAAACUGGAUUUUGGAUCGAAGAAACUAUUUUUGUGAUUUUUAUACAAACACACACACACACACACACAUACACAUUCAUAUAAUUCCUUUUUCGCAUAUUUACUAAAUAUAAAAGAGAGAGAAGAAUUGGAGAAGCGCGAGCGAAUGUGGCCGAAAAUUAGGCAUUAAUUACAUAGAUCCCGAGAGAGUUUCUUAAGUUUGUGUAACAUCAGGAACCGAAAAAAUUGUAGCAUAAAAAGAAAAUAGAAUACGAAAUACUAAAGAUGGUAAACCCAGCAGCAGUGUCACUAAAAAAAAUGAAAGAAAUGAAAUGAAGAUGUGUAUACAUUUUAAUUUUUUGAGAGAAAGGUUCAACGAGAGGAUAAUAUAACAAAAGGAAAAUCUGAUACAAGUGCCGAUGCAAGGUGACUGCAAAUAGGCCCAGGAGCCAAGUUAGUUUCUCGCUUUAUACUACGAAUAUAUCGAUGAUCGUAGAAGGAAUACCUUUUGUACUAAAACUUUGACAACGGACAGCUUUUUUUACUGAACAAAUGCAUUGUGAUUUUAGCAGGAGAAACCCUUGGUAAUCGAUCGAGAGAUGGUAUGCCAAGCGUUUUGAUAGAAAAGUACGCUUCAGAGGCGGUUGCUGUCACCCUGUAUCGGUACUAAUUAAACAAACUUGAUUACUAUAGAAACUUUUGUAAUUAAAUAACAAAAACCCGAAACAAAAAUUAAGAAACGUAAAUUUAAUCAAAAGCUUGAAAAGGAACAACAAACUGAAACAACUUUGUCGUACUGAAGCAUAAUAAAGCUACAUUUUACUAAACAAAAAAAUAACUAUAGAAAGAAUGAAGAAAAAACAAUUUUGCAUAACAAGAAAAAAGAAAAAGAAAACAAAACAAAAAGCUCCCCCGGAAUAGAUAUAUAUAUUCAAAGAAUUAUAUAUAUGCUAGAAGUUUCUCAUUAGGAUUUCAAGGCAUAAAGGAUAAUACCAAGCAGAAUCAUAACUGAAGGGAAAACGAAGGCACAGAUAAUGCUG